GGCCAGCUUCUGGGGCAAAGACGCAUCCCUGGGUAUUCUGUACGUCAGGUGUGCCAACAUGGCUGCUCCCAAGGGGCCGCGGUGAGCUGGGCGCAGACAUAUUGCUUCUCUAGGACGUACCGGAAGUCGGGUCCUCAGCUCCUGCACAUCCCAGAUCCACCUCGGCUUCCGUAGACAGUUCUGGAGGUCAAAGCAGUUCACGGAAGCACGACGUUGUUUAGGCGGUUGGUCAGACUGAGGAAAAUCAAGUCCUGAGUCCCCGGAAGCAAAAGAAUCAGUUGAAGGAGGAAGAAGUUACAGGAUUUGGUAGCAGCAUUUUCUUGGGAUAUGCUUGAUUGAAGACAAGUUUCAGAACAGAAAUUGAGAGCAGAUCCAUGAGACACAUCAACAGAGCCUCCCGGUUGCCAGGUGUUUUCAGAGAACAGAAGAAAAUGAUUCAGGCCCAGGAAACCCUCACAUUUGACGACGUGGCCGUGGCCUUCACGUGGGAAGAGUGGCAGCUCCUGGCCCCUGCUCAGAAGGCCCUGUACCGGGACGUGAUGCUGGAGAACCACAGCAACCUGGUGUCCGUGGGUUUUCAAGCAAGCACACCAGAGGUACUCUCCAAAUUGGAUCAAGGAGAACCAUGGACGAUGGAUGAUGAAGUCCACUGUCGAACCCGUUCAGGCAAGAUUUGGAUGGAGUUAGCCAUUCACUUCUCCAGGGUUCUCCCCGACCCAAGGAUUGAACCUGUGUCACUUAUGUCUUCUGAAUUGGCAGGCAGAUUCUUUACCGCUAAAGCCACCUGGGAAGCCCUAACUCUUGGCUACUUCCAGUUAAUUCCUUUGUUCUGGAAAGUUGAUGGCCACCUGCUGGAACACUUACAAAACAAGAGAGUGGAGAAGAGACUGGAACAAUGGCUUGAACAGAACCCAUUGGACAGUUCUGGUCAUCAGAGCAGAACUCUGUUCAGGCACAAUCAUGAUGUGUUUGACUUACAUGGAAGAAGCGAGACAUCAAAUUCAAGUUUAUUCUCUGAGAACCCGAACUGUGAAAUAAAGAGCCCCGCUGAGCUUCCUGCAGGUGGGAAAUCCUGCCGCCAUGCUGACAGGGAACCACUUCAUCCUGAACUCCUCAGCACUAAGUCCCAACUCAUGGAGCAUCAGCACACUAAACAAAGGAAGAAGCCUCAUGUGUGCAGUGAAUGUGGGAAAGCAUUUGUCAAGAAGUCUUGGCUUGCUGAUCACCAGAAUCUUCACACAGGAGAGAAGCCCCAUCAAUGUGACCUCUGUGGGAAAGCCUUCUUUAGAAAGUUCCAGCUCACUGAGCACCAGAGGAUGCACAUGGGGGACAAACCUUACGAGUGUGCCGAAUGUGGCAAAGCCUUCCUCAAAAAAUCAGGUCUCAAUGUGCACCAGAAAACCCACACAGGAGAGAAACCAUUUAUUUGCAGCGAGUGUGGCAAGGGCUUCAUCCAGAAGGGAAACCUCAUGGUCCAUCUGCGGAUCCAUACGGGCGAGAAACCUUACACGUGCACCGAGUGUGGGAAAGGCUUCAGCCAGAAGACGUGUCUCACGGCACACCAGCGGAUUCACACUGGCACGAGUCCCUUUGUGUGUGGUGAGUGUGGGAAGACACUUUCCCAGAAAAUGGGUCUCAUCAAGCACCAGAGGACUCACACGGGAGAGAAGCCCUUUGAAUGCAGCCACUGCGGGAAGGGCUUUAUCGAGAAGCCACAGCUCGUGAUACACCAGAGGAUCCACACGGGGGAGAAACCCUACAGAUGCAGCAAGUGCGGGAAAUCAUUCAGAGGGAAGUCAGUCCUCAAUAAACACCUGAAAACUCACUUAGUCAAGGAAAUCCCUCCCUCAGCGAAGUCCCCCCAGAGCAGUGUUGUCCUCCAGGAGAAAAAUCUGAACACAGUGACAAUGCACCUCUCUCCUCUGGCCCCUCAGUCACCAGUUGGCAUCGGUGGGCUCCUGGCUAACAGGAGCAUGGUCUUAAUGGGACAGCCUGUGACCCGAUGGCCACCCACUGGAGACAACAGAGGGCUGGUCCAGGAGAGGAUCCUUAUGAACUCAGGAAAUGUGGUCAUGCCUUCAGUGGUCAAUUACGUUUUAUUUUAUGUCACUGGAAACUAGUGGGAAAAAACAAGACACAUUGUCUGAGGAAAAGGGUUGAGCAAAAAUUUCUAGCUCAGACGGUGGCUAAGAAGUAUACACUGUAAGAAAUCGUAUGAAUGUGGAGUGGAAGGGCAUAAUAUCCUCAUCCAGUUAGAUAUAUGCAUUGGUACAGAGGAAUAAUCUGAUGUUAACCCAACCGAUACACUUCAGUUGUUCUACUGUGUCGAAUAAAUGAAGGAAGGUAAGGUAA